CAAUUCUGGACUAGACCCGCCAUGUGCAUCACUCAAAUCUUGCUUAUCAUCGCCAAUGGCCUCCCUUUGGUCGUUGCGCAAACCCCAGCCACCCCGAUGCGCCCCUCAGGGCCCAUUUCGCCCUACCAAACCCCAUGCCAACGGGUGUUGUCAUCUGUCGUAGCCAAGAUGACCGGCGCACCCGCGCCAGACGUGGCAAUCUCUGAACUCGCCGUCUCCUUUGCAAUCGGGGAGUACCACAACACCCAGGACCCUUGCCAACUCCCCGUUGUCACUGGCUCUGCAGCUGAGGUCUUCUCAGAGUGGGCGUCAAGUUGGACGAGCUGGCAGAGCAAGAAUAUCCCAGGGUACAGGGAGAUUUGGACUGCAUGCAGCAAGGAGAACCUGGUUGGAGAUAUUGUGCCUGUUGGAACGAAUGUGUGCAGCAAGCUUGCUGCGGCAAUCACCCAAGAUGAUGACAAGGACAAGGACAAGGACAAGACUGAAACCACGAGCAAGACUGCUGGAGGGAGCGAAGAAACCAGCACACAGGCCGAGGAAACCAGUAAAAGAACUGGCGCACAGAGCGUGGCGACCACUACAGAGGGCGACUCUCCAGGCUCUCGACAAACGGGCUCUCUUGGUAUGGUCGGCGUGGUGGCAGGUAUGGUCGUUGCGGGGCUGUAUUAGAGGUUUCGGUCUCAAUAACACAUCGCCUCUCCAUCCUAAGUGUG